UCAUUUCCAUUAGUGUAUCUUCACCUAUUCUAGUGUGAAGCUGCAUUUCUUUGCCCUUGGCAAAAUUGUUUGUAUUGUUUCGACAAUAUGAGUCUAAAUAAAAGAAAGCGACCAAAUAACAACGGGUCUGCUACAAAGGAGCUAGCGGCUCCUAGCAAGAGGAAGAAGGAGGAGGAUGGAUGCGAGGAGAAAGGCGAUGUUUUCAAAACCGUAACAUCAGGAGACAUUCAGGUGCGCAAGGAGAACCGGUCAUCUGAGAAAGCAUCAAAGACUCUUCAAAAUAAGAGAAAAAGAGAGUCAUCAGAUGAGUCCCCAACUAUGAGGAAGGUGAGAAAGACCAGCAGCGGCAAAACUGAGGCCAUGCUUAAGAGAGUGGCCACUAAAAGAUCCUCAGACAGGGCAGAGGACAGUGGACCGUGUAAGAAAAAGAAAGAGGAGGAACAUCAUGACAGUCCAGGCGAGGGACCCAGCGUGCCCAUCAUACCCCAGGCAUCUGGACGGAGGGGCAUAAAGAGAACUCGUAUAAGUGAGGAAACUGGCCCCAAAAAGAAGAGAUCAGCAGAUGCAAGUGGGAUAUCCGUAGCCAGUACCCCAGAGACAUCAGCUGCGUCUCACCAUCUGGCCAGUUUGACCUUCCACAGAAUGCUUGGAGAAGGUGCCUUCGGGAAGGUGUUCCUAGCUUCCCAUACCAUCAGCAAACAGCGUCUGGCAGUGAAAGUCAUAGAAAAGAGGACAGUAGUGAACAGCAUUAAGAAAUACUUUAUGUGUGUAGAGAAAGAGGUGAUGAAAAUAACUGGGGAGAGUGCACUCUUUCCGCACACAUAUGCUGCCUUCCACACACCAGGCCAUGUAUUCUUUGUAAUGGAGUACCUGAGUGGUGGAGACCUCUGCAAAUUAAUACAGAGCAGAGGCCCAUUUGAUGUUCCUACCAUCAGAUUUUUUGCAGCAGAAAUACUCUGUGGGCUGCAGUUCCUGCACACAAGAGGCAUUGUCCACCGGGACAUUAAGACAGAAAAUAUACUUCUGGAUGCAGCUGGCCAUGUGAAAAUCGCAGAUUUUGGCCUCUCUGUGAUGAAUGUCCAUGGCGAUAAGAAAAUCUCAGGACAAGCUGGGACUCUGUGUUACAUGGCUCCAGAGAUUAUCUGUAAAUUUCCAUAUAACUUCAUGGUAGACCUAUUUUCAUUUGGGGUAGUAUUAUUUGAAAUGGCUACUGGAUUAUACCCCUUUCAUGCUGGCGAUGAUGCCACCAAGGUUGCGCUGUCUAUCAUGCGUGAUGCUCCAUGCUAUCCGAGCAAUCUCCAUCCAGAGAUUAGGGACCUCCUUGAAAGACUCUUAUGCAAACACCCAGAGGAGAGACUGAAUCGCUGUAGUAACAUCUCAUGUCAUCCAUUCUUCAAGUCCAUAAACUGGGAGAAACUAGAGGCCGGCAGGAUAACUCCCCCAUUUACCAUGUAUCCUACUCCAGUGACAAUGGCUGAAGCUAUACCGGUGGAUGACCUGCUCUCACCUACAGAAUCUGCAAUAUCUGCAGAGGAUGAGAGCCUGUUAACAGGAUUCUCCUUUACCAGUGACAUGUGGACAACAAUGAACUGCGUAAGACGAACUACCAGCCGCUGCAUCAUCCUCUAGGCAGUAGUAUCACCAGCUGCCUCCUCAUCCUGGCACAAGCACCACCAGCUGCCUCCUCAUCCCGGCAGCAGCACAACCAGCUGCCUCCUCCUCCUGGCACAAGCACCACCAGCUGCCUCCUCUUCCCGGCAGCAGCACCACCAGCUGCCGCCUGCUCCCGGUAGAAGCACCACCUGCUGCCUCCUCAUCCUGGCAGUAGCAAUACCAGCUGCCUUUUGCUCCCGGUAGAAGCACCACCUG